AUGAGUCCGGCUGUGGAGGCUCAGGCCCAGGAGGCCCUGGAUGCAGAGCAGAAGCAGAAGCAGCAGCAGAACCAGCUGCAGAACCAGCUGCAGAACCAGAUGCAGAACCAGCACUGCUGCGGUGAGAAGGGGGUGAUGCUGGAGCCCUUCGUGCACCAGGUGGGGGGACAUUCCUGCGUGCUGCGCUUCGGGGAGCAGACCAUCUGCAAGCCCCUCAUUCCGCGAGAGCAUCAGUUCUACAAGAGCCUGCCUGCUGCGAUGAGGAAGUUCACCCCCCAGUACAGAGGUGUGGUCUCCGUCAGCUUCGAGGAAGAUGAAGAAGGGAACCUUUGCCUUAUCGCUUACCCCCUUCACAGCGACCCGGCGGCGGAUCUGGAGAACAUGGACCACUCGGCGGACUGUGAGCCCAAGACCAAGAUGCUGAAGUGGGGGAAAAUGGUGGCGUCUUCGCUGCUCGUCGACGGCGACAUUUACAGCAAAGACGGCCGGAGUCGCCUCUCCAGGAAAGAGAAAGAAAAGAGUGUGCAGAAGCUGCAGGAGGACAUGGAGCUGGAGUGGCUGCAGCAGGCCGAGGUGCUCUACUGCCGGCUGGAGAACAGCCACAGCAACGCCGAGCCGCAGCUCAAACACAACCCCUGGAGCCUGAAGUGUCACCAGCAGCACCUGCAGAGGAUGAAGGAGAACGCAAAGCACCGCAACCAAUACAAAUUCAUCCUGUUAGAAAACCUGACCUGGCAGCACACGGUGCCGUGCGUGCUGGACCUGAAGAUGGGCACGAGGCAGCACGGAGACGACGCCUCAGAGGAGAAGAAGGCCGUGCAGAUCCGCAAGUGCCAGCAGAGCACGUCGGCCUCCAUCGGCGUCCGCCUCUGUGGCAUGCAGGUGUACCAGUCUGACACGGACCAGCUCAUGUUUAUGAACAAGUACCACGGCCGCAAGCUGACGCUGCCCGGCUUCAAGGAGGCUCUGUUCCAGUUCUUCCACAGCGGGCGGCGCCUUCGUCGGGAGCUCCUGUCCCCGGUGCUGAGCAGACUCCGAGACAUGCAGGCCGCCCUGGAGGCCUGCGAGUCGUACCGCUUCUACUCCAGCUCGCUGCUCAUCAUCUACGACGGAGCGCCACACAGGAAGCACACGCGGCGACGCGCCGAGGACGGGCUCUCGGAGGAGGAGGACGACGAGGAGUAUGACGACGAUGAGGAGGUGGAGGUGGAAACCGGGCCUGAAGAGGAGGAGGAAGAGGAGGAGGAGGAGGCUGAAGUAGCAGGCGCUCUUGGUUUCCCCCACAGCCCGUCCAGCGCCAGCGAAGACUCCAGCAGCAGCUGCUCCAGCAGCAGCAGCAGUGUGAGCGGGACUUCAGGAAUGGGCCAGGCCCGCCUGUCCUCCUCCUUCCCCGGAGGCUCCACGGUGGACGUGAGGAUGAUCGACUUUGCCCACACCACCUGCAGACACUACCGGGAGGACAGCGUGGUCCACGAGGGCCAGGACAGCGGCUACAUCUUUGGCCUCCAGAACCUGAUCACCAUCAUUUCUGAGCUCGAGAACUGCAGCACAGACUGAAAGCUGCUCGUCGACUCACGGAGGAACAGAGGAGGAGCGGAGAGAGACCUUUCACCCCACCUCCAGAAGUGGACCUAGUUCUAGCUGGUCUUUCCGUCGGACCCCCUUCUUGUACCUGCCACUGGUGCUUUUCGAGUUCGCUGUUGUGUCCGUGCGUCUUUGGGAAGUCAAACAGUAACACAGACCUGCUGUGCUAACGGUGCAGAGAUUUAGCUGUCCUCAUCAGUCUGUUUUAACCCACUAAGUCAUUGAGGGCGGGGAGCAAAGCGAAAGGCCGAGAGACGUCUGGUUUCCAAAGAGCGCGUCGUCUUUUUUUUUUUGCACGCACAAACAUGCACUUGAAGACGUCCUGCUGAGUUAGCGUGUGUUUAGAUCGAGGCGGGGCUAAUCGGAGAGAGCGAGGUGUGUGAAGACAGAGCGGAGAGGUGGUGUUGUUCUCUGUGGUCUGUUCAUUCUGCCGUCCUUCUCAAGCCUCUUCGUCUUCACUCAGAGAGACUCAUAUAGGCGUCGGAAACAGAGGAUAUAGAAGUAUUUAUUUAUUUGACAUGUUUCAUAAAAUAAACUAAAAGUUAAAAAAAAACAAACAUGAAUGAAGAGUAGGACAUUCCAUGUUAUUAAUGUUACAAUAAUGAUAUUAUUAAUAUUGUUAUUUGACAUGUUUGGAUACCUCUAUCUUGUAUUCUGUGUUGUCCACAGUUUGUUGAAGGAGGAAUUAAAAUUUUUUGGUUUGUGGUA